AAGAGAAGAGAAGAGAAGAAGAGAAGAGAAGAAGGAAGAGAAAGAGAAGAAAGAGAAGUGAAGGACUUCACACAGGAUCUGCUCUGAACAUGUCUGAGAACGAUGAAGGUGGGAGUAUCGAGCGGCAGGCGAACACGCGGGCGCGGCAGGCCUUCCUGAGCGGGAGAACGCGCCCCCUGGAGUUCAGACUCCAGCAACUGCACGCGCUGCUCAAGAUGAUCAAGGAGAGAGAAACGGACAUCUCCACCGCCCUAAAGCAAGACCUGAACCGGAGUCAGUACGACACUCCUCUGCUGGAGCUCACGGGGCUGGAGAACGAGAUCAAAAUGGCCAUAGAUAAAGUGUCGGUGUGGGCCUCCCCUCGCCCGGUGGAGCGCUCGGUCCUGACGCUCCGGGACCAGGUGUACGUCCAGCCUCAGCCUCUGGGGGUCGUCCUCAUCAUCGGGGCCUGGAACUACCCCUGGGCCCUCACCCUGGGGCCCCUCGUCGGAGCCAUCGCUGCAGGAAACGCGGCGGUGGUGAAGCCGUCGGAGCUCAGCGAGUGCUCCUCCCUCCUCCUCAGAGCCCUGCUGCCCCGAUACCUGGACAAGGACUUGUACCCGGUGGUCCCUGGAGGUGUGGCAGAGACUCAGGAGCUGCUGCGUCAGCGCUGGGAUCACAUCUUCUUCACGGGCAGCGCCUCCGUGGGACGACAGGUGAUGGAGGCGGCGGCGACGCACCUGACGCCCGUCACCCUGGAGCUGGGGGGGAAGAGCCCCUGUUACCUGCACCCGGACUGUAACAUCAGGGUGGCAGCCAGAGACAUGUCCAGUUGGGUCCAGUUGGGUCCAGCUGGGUCCAGUUGGGUCCAGUUGGGUCCAGUUGGGUCCAGUUGGGUCCAGCUGGGUCCAGUUGGGUCCAGUUGGGUCCAGCUGGGUCCAGUUGGGUCCAGUUGGAUCCAGCGUGAGGUCGAUGUUCAUGAUCUGGACUGGAGCUCAGUGAGUCUGGAUGAAGUUCACACGUUCUUCGGUGAACGAGACGCACACGUGGACGAGGCUUUGGCGCCGAUCAGGUUUCAUGUCGCUGCAGAAAUCACAUAA